UGUCACUGCGUGUCGUUUUUUGGGUAGUUUUUGUACGAGUGCAUCUUUAUGCCUGUUCUUUGAUGCCUGAAUGCUAGCGUUUGCACAUUCCUUGGUCUGUCUUUGAACAUCAUCUGACUUGUCAUGGUUUGUUUUGUUUGCAGUUGCUGUAGUCUGUUAUCACCAAGCUCUGAGCUGUACGUAACCAUCUCUCUCUUCCUCUCGUAUUUUAUGUCUUCCUUUGGGGGAGGGGGCAGGGGAGUUGACCAAUUGCUAGCAGCUGUUACUCAUUUCACAAUGGGGCCGCCUCUCUAGCACUGUGUGUGAGUGCGACUGAGAGUUGUGUUGUUAAUCUAGGCACAUUGCUGCUCGACUUCCCCUCACAUCGCUUGACAGGAGUUUCCCUUCAGACGUCCUCGGUGGUGCGGGAGACUCCCACGUGUGAAUGACGGAGCUCAAAACGAACUAAUUAUCUAGCAGCGACCCUGCCAACCCUUCCCCUUGAGGGCACUUUCAAACCCUUAUUUCAUCAAAGCGCCACUCCUUCCUCAGGAGAACGCUCAUGUGCUUACAAGGUGACCAGACGUUCUGGGGAACUCUCAGCAACUUGUGCACGAGGAAAGUAGCACGAUGACAGGCCGGCUGCCCCAGAGGCUUCUGCUGUGGUUCAUUGGGUUGUUGGUAAUCGCGUUACUGACUUUAAUCGUGGUGUGUGCAGCUAUGCAGAUCCAGGUGCCAUGGCAAGUGGUGAACCUCCAAAGCUUCACCGCGAAACAUUACAGGCUAUAUUCAUUCAAGAAGGAUAACAGUUCUUUUGAGUAUCAAUGGUCUUCUGAGAAUAAACUGGACACUGCUGAAGAACUGGAGCAAAAUUCAGUCCAGCAAUCAGAUCUUAAGGAUUCAUCAGAGUCAGAAAACAGCGCAAAGUCUGAUCAAGCAAAUUUAAACACAAGCUCCUUAAAGCCAAUGCCAAAAAAUGAGGCAAAACCCACUGAACCAGACUUUUUUGGUGACCGGUAUGCCAUGGAUGAUUUUCCUUCACAAACAAACUGUCCCAACAACAUUAGGAAGCGUGUGUCUCAGACUCAGUUUUCCGAAAUAUUUCUACACAGUAUUCCAGUGCUUCAGUGGGCAAAGCAUUUGACCCCAGAACAGUACCAGCGCUUGAGUCAAUACAGUGGAGCACAUGGCUGGGGAGGCAUUGAUAUUGAAGUGUUGAAGAGCUCACUGGGAAUUUUAAAUACAACCGCAAAUCGGUUGAUGUUUGACGACUGGGAGAAGAGAGAGAACAGAUCCCAGUGUAUCCGCUGUGCUGUGGUGGGAAACGGUGGAAUACUGAAUGGUUCAAGAAAAGGCAAGGAGAUCGAUGAACAUGACUAUGUCUUCAGGGUGAAUGGUGCGGUUGUUGAUGGAUUUCAGAAUGAUGUGGGAUCCCGGACAUCAUUCUACACGUUCUCAACCAACACCAUGCGAAACUCCAUGCGUAGCUAUGCUUACGUAGGCUACAGAGGUCCACCCAUAUCAAAGGAGACAAGGUAUAUAUUCCUGCCAGACCAUGACCGAGAUUACAUUCUCAUGAAAGCGGCUUCGACACACACAGUAAUUGAUAAAGGCCCUGAGCGCAGCAAGAAACCUCCUACGUACUUUGGUGAAGAUGUGACAGUAGAAAAAUUCAAAAUCUACCACCCAGACUUUAUCCGUUACCUCAGAAACAGGUUCCUGCAUUCAAAUCUUCUGAAAACAGGUGCGAGAAAAAUUUACAGGCCGUCCACAGGAGCAGUAAUGCUCCUGGCUGCUAUUCAUACAUGUGACCAGGUUGAUGCUUAUGGGUUCAUGACCCCUGACUACAACUUGUAUUCAGACCACUACUAUGACAAACAGCGACAUGCAGUGCAUUUUUAUGCCAACCAUGACAUGCGCAUGGAAAUGAAGUUGUGGCAAGAGUUGCAUCAGGCUGGACUGAUGAAUCUCUUCAUGCGUCAGUGAGCACAAACGGAUGGACGCUACACAUUGUACGGGGUGUUUUUUACUGUCAGAGCUGAAAAACCUGUGUGAGGUGUGUGCAGGACAUAUUCUUCAUUAUGCAUUAAGACAUAUUUGCUUUUGAAGAUAAAGAUAAUAUAUUAUUGCUCAACAAGGAAUUACGUACAGAAGCUACGUAAUCAACGCUCUGAAUUGGUUCUCUUUUAAGUCAAUUCAUGAGAAACAAACAACUGACUAAUGUGUCAUGGGGAGAGGGCUUGGUUAGAGUUCAGGAAUGACUGAAUAGCUCUUGUGUUCUUGGUCGCUGUUUGUUGACACAUAUUGAAUCAUUUCUGAGGGAUGAAUCGUGGUGUUGCUUUCGACCACGUGGAUUCUGUAAUACGUGCCUUGGGACUUGAUGGACUACCAUGUUGUGUGAGAAAAAGUCAGAGUUUAAAGGCUUCAGAGCAUCACACUAAAUCAAAGAAUAAUCAACCAAAGAUAAUAUUUUUUAAAUGAUUUUAUGUUAUAUUCCUAUUCAUAUUCCAUGGAGUGUGAGUAUAAAAAUGUAUAGAUGGUCCAUCCAAAAUGCACUUGUUGCCAUGUUGCAUCAUGUGUAAAUUCAGAAGUGUUUUCUGUUUUUAAGAAGAUUUUUAUUCUAUUAAGUUUACAACUUAAAUUUACUUGGAAGUUUUAAAGUGCAAUAUCUUAUGUUGACUUCACAAGCUGUUUGAAUCAAAAUGUGAAUUUCUUUUGAUUUAUUUUAUCUAUCCUGUUAAGGUCAGUUUGCUCACUUGAUGUUAUCUCUUGAAUGUAUUUAAUAAUUUUUAUUACCAAAUAAUUUAACUGUCAUGUUCUUUCUGGUCAAAUGAACUGGUUUAGAGAUUCACCACACUACUGUUUAGAGUUCAAAAAUCGCUCCACUUUUAUAAAACGGUUAAGGAUUUUUGUAAACAGGCACUAAUUAAUAGAAAAUGGAAAGCUGAUCCUACAGCAGGGUGUAUUUUUUUAAAGCACAGAAUAAAUCUUUUAAUAUUG